AUGGGGAUCAAGUAUAGCUACGAAGUGCACGAUCCUUCUAAGGCUGUGAAGGGGAAGAUUGACAAUGCAAAAGUAAGCUUCAAAAAGACUAGGGAAACAUGCUCGACCCUGAGAAAGAGAAAGGUUGUUGAUGCAAUUGAGUAUCUGAAGAAUGUGAUCAAUAAGACCGAGUGCGUUCCCUUUAGAAGAUACAACCGCGGAUGUGGACAAACACAUCAGGCAAGGAAGUUCAGCAUCCCUAAAAGGGAAAUUGUGAAGGCCAACGGAGAGAAGGUGAUUAAGAGAGGGCAUGUUCAAACAAGAGGAAGAUGGCCCAAGAAGUCUGCAGAGUUUGUGAUUACCCUUCUUGAGAACCUUAAGGAGUCUGCAGAAACCAAGAAUCUUGAUGUGGAAAACCUAGUGAUAACACAUAUCCAAGUUAGCAAGGCACCGAAGAUUUUUGGUAGGACUUUCAGGGCCCAUGGAAGAGUAAAUCCAUUCAACAAGAGUCCAUGCCAUAUCCAAGCUGUUGCAGAAGUGGUUGGGACUAACGAUGUUAGCAUCGAGGCCUGA